CUGUGCUGUACUUCAAUGGAUGGAGCUCCAGGUCUUGGCACGGGAAGAGCUUUGGAAAGUGGAGAUGCCUGAGACUCCAGGCUCCUCUUGUUCACAUCAUCACUUUGCCUCUUCCGCAUUCUUACCAUCAUCCCACCCCCAUUCAUUUUUCCCAUUAAACUUUCAGCUUCAAUCCAUCUACCAUCCAUCCACUACCUUCAAGAUGAUGUCUCUUCGCACUCUUACUCGCUCCGCCCCCCGCUCCAUUGCGCGGUCUCUCGCUAUCUCCUCCCGCGCAACAGUCUCGAGACCUGUUGCCGCUGUUUCUCAGAAUGCUUUCACCUUGAAGCAGAUCACCAAGCCUGCCUAUGCUGCUUUUUCGACCUCUCGGGCUUUCAAGCAGGCCCCCGGCGAGGGUGACGUCGAGCUUGUUGCCAAGCUUGAGGACGAGCUCAAGCACGAGAAGGCCUCCGGCCUUGAGGACCUGGAUGGCUCCGUUCAGAACAUCCAGUAUGUUCUGCAAAACAACUCUUGGGAGGUCAAGGAUAUCCCCGGCGAGCAGGAAGUCACUUUGACCAAGAAGUUCGGCAAGGAAGAGAUCCGCCUUACUUUCACCGUUGCAGACCUCCAAAACCUGAGCGAGCAGGAGGAUUUCUCCGCUGAUGGUCUGAUGGACGCCAACGACUUCGGAAGCCACCAGCCUGCUAACCAAGGUCGCGCAGGCAUCUCCCAGCUUCCCGAGGACCGUAUCGCUCCCUCCGACCGCGACGAGAUCGACAUCGACGACCUUGAGCCCGGUUUCCCCGCUCGUGUCAAUAUCACCAUUGAGAAGCCCGGCAGCGGCGCUCUUCUGAUCCAGACCAUGUGCACCGAUGGCGUGUUCCAGGUUGAGGAGGUUUCCUACUUCAACAAGCCCGAUCUGGCUCUUGCCCAGACCGCCGAGAAGGACUGGGCCAGACAGAGCCUGUACGCCGGUCCUCCUUUCGAGAACCUCGACGAGGAGCUCCAGAACUUCAUUGACCGCUACCUUGACGUGAGAGGCAUCAACGCCGAGCUUGCCACCAUGAUCCCCGACUACAUCCAGGUCAAGGAGCAGAAGGAGUACGUCCGCUGGCUUGAGAGUACGUGACCCACCAAUACCCCUUCCCUGUAAGCAUUUGCUAAACCUCUGUCCAGAUGUCAAGAACUUCGUUUCUGCUUAAAUCCAGGCGGACGCGGACGUUCUUCU